AUGCAUAUAUGUUCACUACCAUUUCUCCUGUGUAUCGCAUUUUUUUUCAGCGUCCAGUGCGCGAUUCUAUCUCCGCACACUGGACCCAAAUGGAAUUUUACCUCUGUCGAAGGCGAGAAAAUCGACGCUCUCAUCCGCGAGCUUUCAGAUUUGCCAGCUUCUAGGCUCAAAUCGCCGAAAUUUUGUCACGGUUGCCCCAAAAACUGCUCCAAGUCACAAGCUGACACACUCAAGCGCUUUUGCCUGGAGCAGCAGGCUCUGUUCUUAAAAGAACUAAUUGUACCAUGUAUAAAAGGCUUAAAAUCUCUCCAGAGCCCUUCUAAAGGUGUAGACGGGAAAGAACACACCUCUACGACCAAUAAAGUCUGGGACUACAGGGUUUCCGACGAGUUCAAUCGGCUAAAAUGUUCCGUUUUAUCCAGCGUUCCCAGUGGGACUGUUUUAAUGCGUCCCGUCAACAGCAAGUGUGAAUACAUAUCGCUGCCCGUGCUCAACAGUCUUUAUCGGAGCAGGCCUAACAUCAUUAAAAUUCUCUAUCCCAAGCAUGACAUACGGGACUUGAAUGAGUUGUACCGCUACGCUUCAUUUGAGACCAUGUUGGUCUCCCAGUUGUGCUCAAAUGAUCGUUUACGGCGUCUAAUUGUCACUUUAAGUCUACUUUAUGGCAUUAACAUUGGCAAGGACGUCAUCGUUGACUUAUUCUUACUUCUCAUUCGUUCUAAAUUUUUCUGGAAUCGCACUGUUUACUCUUAUUGGUCUAGGUCUCUUUCGUUGCCUUUACCUCUUCUAUUGGUCACUGCCAAUAACAUUCUCAAUGAAUUUUUAAGGAUCGUUUCCUCCCUUGAUGACCGUUUAAAGGAAUAUCUCAUUUCCGUUGAGGGUGCUUUACUAAAUCGCGAUUUACGGAAUAAGUUUAAGGCUGUUUACGUUAAGGACUCACAGGGCAACAUUCUAAUUCACAAGAACUACUUCGAUUAA